AUGGCAGCCAAUCAUGCCCAUAUUCAUCCGCCGCCGCCGCAGCAAAAUGAAGGAUACGUUAAAAUCGCCUCGUUAGUACCACAAAUGAAUUCUAUCAACACGUUUGGAAUUGUUCUGGAAAAUCAUCCUGCCCGUCGAUUAGCCAACGGUAAUUUGGUGUUGAGCAUGCGAAUCGCCGACCCAUCAGGAUCUAUAAUCUUCACCAUAAUGAACGCUGAAGCUCAAGACUUGUUCGAACCAGGUGACAUACUCAAAAUCAAAAAUGGCUUCACAAACGUGCAUCGGGGAAUGUUGAAUUUAUCAUGCGGCCGUCAAGGAGAGUUCAUGAAAUCAGGUGAUUUCAUGAUGGCAUAUUCUGAACUACCGAACAUGAGCGAGUUUAACAGCGAGUAUGCAGCUAUGGAGAGAGCAAGAAAACCAUCGCCACCACCUGAAGGCGAGGUGAGACACUUCCUUUAUUACCGGCUUUGUUAUGCGUCCAAACGCGUAGUGAAGUCCUAUCAAGCAACAUACAAUGGUCUGUUUUACCUCGGAUGUGGUUGUAAGGGACUUAGAGAUAGGCCUUACGAUCUUGUUUGA